UUCCCGAGCAGCACCUGAAGGCAUCACAACAAAGAGUCCUACCGAGCAGCACCUGAAGGCAUCACAACAAAGAGUCCUACCGAUGGGGUGAUUAAUGUACGGGGUUUCCUCUGGAUCUUUACGUCGCUGGUUACGAUGUUUCUCUGCCGCGAAGUUAACCGUCUCUAACAAUAAAACUGCAUCUGAAUUCAUGGUGGAAAAACAAAGAAGUAGCGACAGGAACCAGCUGUGACUGGACUUCAACCUCGUUCCUUUUUCUUUUUUAACCAAUGGUGUAGCAGUCCGUCCCUUAUGUUGGUCCGGGUGGAAACAGCAGCUGGUUGUCUGUUCCGCUUUUUUUAGCUACGGAAGCAGCAGCAUGGCUCACAGUUCCAGGAGAGACUGUCCGGAGCUCCCAGACUUCUCUCUGCUCAAGAGGCUGGCCAGAGAUCAGCUCAUCUACCUGCUGGAACAGCUGCCGGGGAAGAAGGACCUCUUCAUCGAGGCGGACUUGAUGAGCCCGCUGGAUCGAAUCGCCAAUGUGUCGAUACUAAAGCAACAUGAAGUCGACAAACUCUACAAAGUGGAAUACAAACCUGUUGUCAGCACCUCAGACCAGCUCUGUUUUCUGAUCCGGCCAAGAAUACAAACUGUCAAAUGGAUAUGUGAUGUGGCCAAUGCAGACAAGGCAGUGGGGAGAUUUAGAAGAUACAAGAUCAUCUUCACUCCUCAGAAGUUCUUUGCAUGUGAGGCGGUGCUGGAGGAGCAGGGGAUCUUUGGUGAAGUGACCACCGACGAGUGGUCUUUCUAUCUGCUUCCUCUCGACGAGGACAUCAUCAGUCUGGAGCUGCCGGAGUUUUUCAGAGACAACUUCCUGGCGGGGGACCAGCGCUGGGUCAGAACAGCCGGCAGCGCUCUGCACCUCCUCCACUCCCUCUACGGCCCCUUCUCAAAGGUCUACGGGAUCGGACGAUGUUCCAAGAUGGCGUACGAGUCGUGGAGGGAGCAGGUGGAACAGGGAGAACAAAGAGCUCAGCAAGCUGAAAUAGGAAAGGUUUUUCUCAUCGACAGAGAUGUGGACUUCGUCACUCCUCUGUGCUCUCAAGUCGUCUACGAGGGGCUGGUGGAUGAUAUAUUUAGAAUCAAAUGUGGAUGUGUGGAGUUUGGACCUGAUGUCACGUCCUCUGACAAAAGUCUUAAAGUCAUGCUGAACUCUCAGGAUAAGGUCUUCAACGAAAUCAGGAACGAGCAUUUCUCCAACGUCUUCGGCUUCCUCAGUCAGAAAGCCAGGAACCUCCAGACUGCGUAUGAUAAGCGUCGGGUGAUGGACAUUAAGCAGAUGAAGACGUUUGUGUCAGAGGAACUUAAAGGGUUAAAACAGGAGCAUCGGCUGCUCAGCCUACACAUCGGUGCAAGUGAAUCGAUAAUGAAGAAGAAGACAAAGCAGGACUUUCAGGAGCUGUUGAAGACAGAACACUCUUUACUUGAAGGAUUUGAAAUCCGUGAAAGCAUUUCUUUCUUAGAGGAGCACAUCAGCAGACAGGUCUCCAUGAUGGAAAGUCUGCGGCUGCUUUGUCUUCUGUCCAUCACAGAAAACGGACUUCUGCCAAAAGAUUACCGCUCAUUAAAAGCACAAUAUCUACAGAGCUAUGGAAUGGACCACCUGCUCACAUUUGCCAACCUGAAGCAGCUGGGGCUGCUGGUGGAGCAGCCGACGGGGGAAACGCUGACCGCCAUGGAGAGCAAAGUGGGCAAACUGGUCAACGACAAAACUGCAGGUAAGCUGACUGACGCCUUCUCUUCUCUGGCAAAAAAGAGCAACUUCAGAGCCCUGAGCCGAAAGCUCAACCUGGUGCCAAAGUCUGAUGAAGAAUACGACCUGCGCGUCCCACGAGACAUGGCCUACAUCUUCAGCGGUGCCUACGUCCCUCUGAGCUGCAAACUCGUCGAGCAGGUGUUGGAGCGAGACGGUUGGACGGGGCUUGAAGAAGUCACCAGGCUGCUAAAUGGACAUGAAUUCGCUGUUACAGGCAGCAGCGGAGCGGAUUCAAAGAGCGACGCUCAGCGCAUCAUCCUUGUCAUGUUCCUCGGAGGCUGCACCUUCUCUGAGAUCUCAGCUCUCCGGUUCCUCGGCAGAGAGAGAGGUUGUAAAUUCAUCGUGGUGACGACUGCGAUCACAAACAGCUCGAGACUCAUCGAGUCUUUGCUGGGCAACCGAGUAUGAAGUCCGUCAAACACACCGCGAUGGACAGACACCUAGACGUUCCCUCCAGCUCACGUCUGUCUGACAACGAGUGAACUGUAAAGAUGUAUAAAGUGAAUAAAUGUUUUUAACACGGUGGAUGCCUUUUCACUUUAUCAAAGCGUUCAGGAAGACUCCACUGUAUCUGUUGAGACGGGGUUGUUACUCCAACUAGCUUUGGAAAUCAAUAAAUGUACUUUUUACUCCA